UGUCUAUCUCUCUCUGAGUCAGUUGGUUUGAAGGUUUAUUUAGUUUAGAUCGCCAUUUUCUCUUGAACUUGAAGAAAGGAAAUUGUUCGUGAUUUUUUAAUAUUACAGGAUAAAAUGGCCACUAGAAAGAAAGUCCUCUUGAAAGUCAUCAUCCUUGGAGAUUCUGGAGUUGGGAAGACUAGUUUGAUGAACCAGUAUGUCAAUAAGAAGUUUUCAAACCAAUACAAAGCAACAAUUGGUGCAGAUUUCCUCACAAAAGAAGUCAUGGUUGAUGAUCGAAUAGUCACUAUGCAGAUAUGGGACACGGCAGGACAAGAGAGGUUCCAGUCACUGGGAGUUGCAUUCUAUAGAGGAGCCGACUGUUGUGUGCUGGUGUUUGAUGUUACUUCAGCUCAGUCUUUCAAAGACUUAGACAGCUGGCGAGACGAGUUCCUGAUCCAGGCGUCACCGAGAGACCCGGACAACUUCCCUUUUGUGGUGUUGGGCAACAAAGUUGACCUGGAAAACCGAGCUGUGUCGGCCAAGCGGGCCCAGCAGUGGGGUCAGUUGAAGAACAACAUCCCCUACUUUGAGACGAGCGCCAAAGAAGCCAUCAAUGUAGAGCAGGCGUUCCAGACGAUCGCCAAGAACGCACUCGCCCAAGAGAACGAGAUGGACCUGAUUGAUCAGUUCCCUGACCAGAUCAAACUGGGCGAACAGAAGACCUCCCCAUCGGACACCUGCUCUUGUUAACCGCCGCAUCCAGGUUUGACAAGCAGGCUCAGCAGGCAUCCGUGUGAACAGCUGUUAAAUAGCCUCCGUUCAGACACCAGAUAUAAUCAAUCACUCAGCCUUUGUUUUUAAAAAUUAUUUCAUUACAAAAUAUUACUUUGAACGAUUCUUAUUUUGGUUUGUCAAACGAGCCGUAACUUAGUUACAACGCAACGCUCUCUCGUCUGUGGUCUGUUCACAUUCCCUGCUUCAAGUGUGAUAUUUUUUCAGCACGAACUCGUUUCUUAUUGAUUAUAAUAUAUGUUAUUAACAGAAUAUUACAGAUUAAGGUUUUAUAUUGCAACUAUAAAUAUAUAUAUAGAUAACAUAAAGAAGAAGUAUUUUUACCUCCAAGUUUAACGAUAAUCAAAAACUUGUGAGCAUUGUUGUACUGCGGCUGGCCCAUUUCUGUUGGUAAGCUGGAGGUAAGGGUACUUGUGGUUUUAUAUAACGCUAAAGAUGUGUAUUUUCUUUUACAAUUUAUUUUUGUAGUUAAUUAAUAAUUUAAUCAAUAAACGUUAAAUAUUUUAGUUAUCUUUCUAUAUUGUUCUAUUACUACCAGUUUUGCGCCUAUGUGAUGUGUUGAUACUAAGUUUUAGUAUUUUAAUGCCUCCGUUAAAACCCUUUGAUUUUUCAUACUGUUAUAUUGUUUAGCGACUGUAGAUAAUUUAUAUAAAUAUUGUUAGAGUUAUUGUAAAAUAUUUCAAUAGUAAAGAAAUUAUAUUCCACCUUUCCUGUACUGCAAACAUUGUAUUUGUUUGUAGAAACAGCUUUGUGUAUAGCAAUACGUCUAUUAUUUCAAUGUAAUAUUAAAUAAAUAAAAAUUGUAAAAUAUAUAUUUUGUGGAA